GGAGCGAUUAUUGUUGUACGGACAGAGAGGGAGACAGAGUAAUUAAAGAGUCAUCAGGGCUCGUGGGAAGGUAAACAGUUUCUCUUUUCGCCAUACAACCUGCUCCAUAUCGUCCUCAUCCACACGAAGGCUGGCUUGGAGGGAGGGGUGUCGCAGGCUUCGACCGUCAGCCAGGCCCACCCGGGCUUUAAAUCUAUUUCUAUUAUUUGUUGUCGUUGGCGCUUCCCUUCCGAGAGAGAAAUGACACUUUUUUCCUUGAUUAAAGCUACCUGGGGGAAUAAAAGAGGUUGGAGUAUGCUGCUCCCUGCUUUUUGUCGGCCACCAACUGUGCGGCAUUCAGCCCCCACCUCCCCCGAUCACUGACUGUCAAUGUGACUGAGGUAAUCAGCCCAAAAUGAACAUUCAGUUUGAAGAGAGGAAAUGAUUUUACCAGAAGAUCUUUUUCAACAAGCAUUGAAAAAUACAAAGAUUCUGAGUGGUAUUCCCAACAGUAGCUGUUGGUUUUGAACAUCCAUUUCAUUAUUUAAAGGUGGCCUGUUCCACGAGCCUUCCUUUUGUCUGGGUUCAUCAUGACUACGUCAGCUAUUAGAAGACAAAUGAAAAACAUUGUAAACAACUAUUCUGAAGCUGAAAUUAAAGUACGUGAGGCAACCUCCAAUGACCCUUGGGGACCUUCUAGUUCCUUAAUGACUGAAAUUGCAGACUUAACGUAUAAUGUAGUAGCAUUCUCUGAAAUAAUGAGCAUGAUAUGGAAACGUCUCAAUGACCAUGGCAAAAAUUGGCGACAUGUUUACAAAGCUCUUACAUUGUUAGACUAUAUGAUAAAAACUGGAUCAGAAAGAGUUGCACAACAGUGUAAGGAAAACAUAUUUGCAAUUCAGACUCUGAAAGACUUCCAGUAUAUUGAUAGAGAUGGCAAAGAUCAAGGCAUAAAUGUGCGAGAGAAAUCAAAACAACUUGUCACUUUGUUGAAGGAUGAUGAACGGCUGAAGUCUGAGAGAGUCCAGGCACUUAAGACGAAAGAGCGUAUGGCUCAAGUAGCCACAGGAGUAGGAAGCAAUAAUCAAAUUACUUUUGGCCGUGGGUCUAGCCAACCUAAUCUGUCCACAAGCUAUUCAGAACACGAGUAUGGAAAGUCAGGAGGGUCGCCUGCAUCGUAUCAUGGUUCAACCUCUCCACGAGCUUCAUCAGAGUUGGAACAGGCUAGACCACAAACCAGUGGAGAAGAGGAACUUCAGCUACAGUUGGCUUUAGCCAUGAGUAGGGAAGCAGCGGAACAGGAGGAUCGUCUUCGCCGUGGUGAUGAUCUUCGACUUCAGAUGGCCUUGGAGGAGAGCCGCAGAAAUUCAGCUGUAGUAGUGGGUAGCACGGCUCCAAAGAAGAAAAAGGCAUCCACAGUUACCCUCAUGGAUCCCUUGCCAACCGCAGCAACACAGAAAGCUGUUGUAUGGGGAGUAUCUGUUCGACCUGUUUCUCUAGAAAAAAAUGACCCAUGGGGAGAAGCAAGCAGUCCAGGAGCAUCAGAUCCAUGGCAAUCUAUUGAUAGCAAAUCCACUGCUGCUGUUGAUCCUUGGGGUGCUCCUACGUUAUCUGCCACCCAGGCACUUCCUAAAAAUGUUGAUCCAUGGACAACUUCAGAUACUACCUCUGCUGUUCCGAGGUCUUCAUCUGAUCCAUGGGCACCAGGUCCUUCAACAGAUUCAGUUUUGGGUAGUACAACUUUUGACCCAUUCAGCACGUUAAAUGGUGCAGUCAAGGACGACUUUGCUGAUUUCGAAGACCUUCGAGCUUCAUCAAAAAAAACAGGUGAGGCUGACAUGUUGGGAGGAAAUUCUAAACCCAGUGGUUCAAUUAGUCCAGAUUUAUUUGAUUCUACACUUCCUAGUACAGCGCCAUCAAAGCAAACAACUGCUCGAAAGACACCAGAGUCCUUUCUGGGCCCUAAUGCAGCUUUAGUGAACCUGGAUUCCCUGGUAUCCAAGCCUGCGCAACCUUCCAGUAUAUCAAAUCCUUUCCUGGCUUCAGGUUUAGCUCCAGUCCAGGUCACUCAGAUUAAUCCCUUUCAAAUUAACCAGCCACAGCCUCCUACGCUGAACCAAAUGCGAGCAAGUCCUUUGAUGGCCUCAGGACAGUCUUCGUUUGGCACCUUACCCACAGUCAGUAUGGAGCCGAUGCCACACACCUCUAUGUCAGCACCAGUGGCGAUAGGAAUGGCUCCCGUACCCGUUGGUCGAACGGGUGCAGGAAUGAACAUUACUGGAACAAUGCCCCAGCCACUUUUAUCAACAGGCAUCCCGCCACCUACAUCCCAGACCUCUACAACUAAUCCUUUCCUAUUAUAAAAUAAAACAGAUGAAAUAUCUUUGUUACAGAGAAAAACCUUAGAUAGGAGUGUGGCUAGCUAAGUUAAAUGUUAAUUGCAUAUUAGACUGCAAAAAUGGCUGUGGUGAGGAAACCUUCACAGUAAGUUUGGGUUUUGCUGUGCUGGUUUUCAUGAAGUGUAUAUCUACAGUGGUUACUUUUCACUAUUUUCUAAAGAAGCUAUUUGCUGCCAAUGGAGGUAUGAUAUGGUGACUGAACAUGUAGUUGAACAGUAGUGUUGUGAAUUUAAUAUUCACAUCUAAUGAAUCCUCUAAUCCUUAAGUGCAUAUUAUAGUUUGUCCAAAGGUAACAUAGUGUUUUGUGUGGUAUAAUCACUGUUCUGCAUAUUUCACAAAUCACCCUAUUGACCUGUUUCAAAGAAUAUUAUAAAGGCCACAAUGACUGUUUUCAGUACUUAGAAAUUUGCUUCCUAAUGCUUCCUAAUCAUAAGAGCAAAUAUGGAAUUAACCAAAAUCAGAAUAUCGACAACCUUAUGCGACCCUGAUUUCCUAGCUGAGAUUGAAAAUAAUUUUACAAACCUGCUCAUAGCAGUAAGGAGUUUUUAAUUGUGCUAUCUUCUGAAUAGGCUGUUUACAAAAUUGCUUUAGAAUUUGGACUCUUGCAUGCACCUUUUUAAUUGUUAUUUGAAGUAACAUUCUUGGCAGUUGAUUCUAUUUAAGCAGAAAGUAUCAGUUAUUGUUCAUUUAGUACUGAGAAUUGAAAUUCCUUGUAAAAUUGUGAUUAUUAAACAAUCAUUACAAUGAUGAUGAACAACCAUAUACACAGGUUUCAGUAAUUUGGUGGAGAUUUUUUUUUAAAUGGAUGAAAGCUGCAUGCAUCAGUCUGUUUCUGUUAUUGAAAUCUAAGAUUUGCUAAUGAUGACAAUGGCUAUUCUGUAGAAUAUUUAAAAACACUUGUCUACAUGAAAGGUUGUAGUGUUCACCAUUGUUAAUGAAACGGAGUAGAGAUUAGUAAAAUAGAAUUUAAAAAAAGUACAUCAGUGUAAUUUUGAAAUCUAGGUGCUUAUCUUGUUUUAUUUCUUUUAGAUUACUUUACUAAGUAAAGCAACCAUUAAGCUAAUUCAGACUCGACAUUUGGUAUAUGCAGUUAAUCCUGUACAUUUUUGCACAGCUUUUUUUAAAUAGAUGAGUCUUCAUGUAAAGGUUAAAUAGCCACGUUUUAGGGUCUGUAAUUUGCAACCAUGUUGGAGUUUACAAGUUUUCUGCUAUUUUUAAUCUUUCUGUGUAGGGAUUUUGGUAAGAUUUUGCAAGUGUGUUUUUUAUCUGCUUUAAAACAUUGUGUUGACAGGUGCCAUGAAAUGUGCGGUCCAAAUUGUAUCUUUGCUUCAUUGUUGAGUUAAGAUUAAGCUCUAUAUUUUAGAAAAAGGGAAUCCAGUCAUGAGAGCAUAUUUGUUUGUUGUGUUAAGUGUGUCAUGUUGGUUCAACACUAAGGACAUAGCAAUUUAUAAAGUUACGUAAUGAAUUUGAAAACCUUCUUUGCCCCCAUAUAUGGAUGACUAGACAGGUACUAAAGGAUAAUUGCUAUGCAGAGAAGAUAAGUAGUCCUAGGUUGGUAUUUUAAUACUAAAAAGGGCUGACUACAGUGAUCAGUCCAUGAUCACUGUAAUGAAUGAGGAAUUUUCUGUUACAAGGACAGGAGUGGGUUAUGACAUCGGAGUGCUUUUCAGAUUUUUUGGUGGGGGGUUAAGAAAUCAAUUUUGUGGAUUAGACCAACAGCAGAUUUAAUUAUUUUAAAGGGAAAGUGAAAAGCUUGGAUUUGGUUUACUCAUGUAAAUUAAUCGACUUUAAUAGGAAAAAAACAAUAGCCUUCAUUUCUGUUCCAUUUAUUAAGUAAUAGAACUGUUUCAGAGUGGCUUAUGGGGUUAGUGGAUAAUAAGCAGUCUGGCAUUUAUAUUGGUAAUGAUCAACACUUGUUCACUGUGGGUCGAGAUAGUAAGAACUGCUGAUGCUGGAGUUAGAGAUAAGCGUGGAGCUGGAGGAGCAGAGCAGGAAAGUUGACAUUUUGUGUCCGGACCCUUUUUCUGAAGAAGGGUCCCAGCCGGAAAUGUCAACUUUCCUGCUCCUCUGAUGCUACCUGGCUUGCUGUGUUCCUCCAGCUUCACACCGUGUUCAAUGUGGGUGUCAGUUUCCACUUCCCAUUUUACACUUUUUGCAUGCAUGUAAAAGACUUCAUACUCACUUUGGAUAACUAUUAUGAAUAAUCUGCUUUUUUUUUUGUCCUCAGAUAUGCAUUCAGAAGCUUAAUUUUUUUUUCUGUGUCACCUGUCAUCCAAAUUGAAGUGAAAUGCAGAGAUCCGACUGAUUUCAUUUUGCUUAGAUAGAGGCAACAGGCUGUGAAGAAGAAAAUACUCACAGUAAAUAAUUUAAAGUGUGGAAUAAAAAGCAAAAUUGCUAGAGAAACUCAGGUCUGACAGCAUCUGUUGAGAAAAAAGCAGUUAAUGUUUUAAGCCGAGUAUGACUUCAGAAUUAGCCAUGUUGGACUCAACACCAACACUGUUUCUCUCUCUAGUUUUUCUGUUUCUAGUACUGCCAGACCUGCUGAGUUUCUCCAACAUUUGCUGUUUUUGUUUCAGAUUUUAGCAAUAACAUUGUUUGCUUUAAUUUAAAAUAUGGAUGUGGAAUAAUUGUUCGUGUCAAGCUAAUUCAUUUAGUUUUAGCAUAUACAGGCUACACUGGUGUGCACCUUAUUUUUUAAUGUCCUUACUGUCAAUACAAGUAUAGAAAAUUAUAUAACUUUAGAAUUCUCCAGUUUUUUAAUAAGUGUUGAUUUUUUGAGUUACUUUUACACGUGUGCAUUUUUGAUACAAAGUGGUGAUCAGCAUACCAAACACAGAAAUGCCACGUACACAAUUCAUGCUAAACAAAUUUAUUUGGAAUGUGACCCUGUUUGAUCUACCAUAUGUGUUUAUAUUGUACAAGUCAAGGUAUCUUGAAUUUGUGUUCUUGGAGUUCUGGCGAGUGAAAGAGUAUGCAUGCUAAGAAUGCAUCCACAAUUUGUAUAGUCUUGCAUGUAGUCACUAAAAUUUAUACAAAGCUUCUGGUAAGAUUUGUAUCAACAACUGUUUUCAUGUACUGUAAAAACUUAGUCAUUCUAUUACAUAACUGCAUCAGUGUAAAUGUAGUCCGGCACCUGCAACUUGUAUAAUUUCAUGUGUACUGUGGUGAUGUAUUAAUUUUACUACAGGGAGCUGUACAGUAGGUAUUUGAUCACUUACAUAGUUAAUACUUCCUCAAUGCGCAUCCUUGACUAUUCAAUAUCCUUACCACAUUAUGAACUAAGUAAGCCAUAGAACUGGAAAAUCAAAGAAAGCUCUCACAAUUGAAACCUGUGUGAAUUGUCCUUGCUGAGAAUGAGGGCUAACACCCUACAUCCAUACACUUGACAUUAUUUUUCCACAUGUUCUAAUCUUAUACUUAAGCCAUUUUCAGAUCCUACUUCUGUUCCGUUUUCUGUACUUAUUUAAAAUUGAUGAGGCCAAACCCAUUUUCAUGCAUUUGUGCUAAGCAUGAAAUUAGAUCUCUUGAGUGAUUGUCCUUGCCCAAUUUUAGGAAAUCCUGGGAAUCCUCCAAGGCUAAAUGCGCUCCUCCAAGAUGCAAUAUUUUACAUAUUCAUGCUGACAUGGCAGUUUUAAUGGUUGGUAUGAACUUGUUUAGGAAUAAAAUCUUUGUUGGUCAAAGUGCAAAACAUAAUAUUUCUGUGAUUCGAUACCCUUGACUAAUAAGGGAGUUGGGGUAGGCAGAGAAGUGGAGUUGAAGACACCAAUCAGAUCAUCCAUGGCUUUACUGUUUUUGAGAAGCCAAAUGAUCAACUGCCAGUUUCUUUACAUCCAAGGUCAUUAUCGUGUAUUUAUUUAGUUAUGUAUCUACAUUUCACUAAUUUUACAUAUUUACACCUUUUAUAUGCAAUCAGACUGGAGAAAACCUAGGUAAGUAUAAACAAUGUGGUAAAUUUCUUCAGUGAAUCUGAAAAGAUUUCUACAAAAUACUUUGCAUGAAGAUGUUUAUAAAACCCAGGUUCCAGAAAACAAGUUAAUUGCCCCAUCUGAAGGCAAAAAGAAAAUGAUUUACGCUCACAUUGAGCAACAUGGUCACAGAAAAACUACCUCAGUCAUCAGUACAUUUUCACUGUUUGCACUCCUUCACACAGAAAUCAUUUAUAACAGUUCCAAUUUUACUUAUGUUUGCGUAGGUUUGGGCUAGGAUACAGUAUGUGCUGAUUUUAUAAUUGCUUUAAAUCAGUUGUCUGCAUUUUUAUUUAAAACAUUCAAGCCAACUUGAAAAGUGUUCUUUAAUUGACAUGAAGUAGAAGUAUGUUUUGCUGCAAGUAGAUGACAUGGAAGUUUUGUGUUCAGAACAAUUAGACUAGUGAUUUGCAUUACUUAAAAUGCAGCAAAUUAGGGAAAAACUUGAAUAAAAAUACUUUCUGGAACCUACGGAAACAUAACUUUUUAGCUUUGAUGAGCAAUCGAAUGUGCAUCUUCAUCGUCUCCCUGGGGUGUCUCAAGUUACAUACCCUGCAUCAUCCAGCAAAUACGUAAGCAUUCUGCCUCUGAGCUCCUCACCCUAAUAGUAGCAAAAAGUUCUUGUGGCUGAAUGGUGACUUACUUUAUAUUGCUGUAUGGAAACAUAGCUCAAAGCAGUAUAUUAGGGUUGCAGACCUGGUGGCAAACUAGUGUCUUUGGUAUAUUGCAAUAUAUUGAAACCCUAAACAGCUCAAAAUGCUUCAAAUGCAAGUAUGUUAUAUCUGAUCUGUUUGGAAUUAAUACAUUGGCCAACAUGGCAAAUGUUAUUUUUUGCACGUUAUUGAAAAUAUAGAAAUCCACAUGUACAGUCCUCUACUCUGUGUUAGGAUUCAUAUUCACGCCUUUGGUUUCAGAGUUCCACUUUAUUCGCUGAGAGUUAGAAAUCCAUUUGAUCCGGCUGGUGAAUUUUAGGUCUUAUUGCUGUACACUCCAAGCAAGCAAAUUCAUGUUUUUUUUGUUAAUACUUUCAUAUGCAAUUGCUGUCAUGCAGGUUGGACUGAUUUGUUGUGUUUAUUCUAAUUAACCGAGUUGAUGCAUUCUUAAAGUACCAUUAUCUGGAGCAGACUGUAGUGGAUGCAAUAUAUCCAAAGCAGCACGGAAUUCUGAGAGACACGAGAUUGAUUGAUUGGUUGCUAUGUUUUGGUCUUUAGACAUGUUAAUUUACACGUUUUUAGGUGGGAAUUAGAGAUAAUAUACUCUAUAUAUAAUACCAAGGAAAACAAAUCAUUGAGGCUUUUAGUGGAGGGACUAGAACAUUUUUAAUUUUCCAGUUAUUUGGCUUACUUUAAGGCAAUGGAUAACUACUUUUUAAAGAAUGACGACUACUGCACAUAGUGGUGAGUAACCUACUUUUUCAUGUAUUAUGUUCUGUAUAUCUACCAAACUCGUUCAUGAUGCUGGAAGCAGGCUGCUUUUUAUGGUAUUGUGCUCAACUGUCAUUACUGUAUAAUAUAAUUUAUCAUUUGUACUAUUGUAACAUAUGUUCUGUAUUUUAUUUUCUAUGUAUUGGUUUUGUAGCAAUUCACACAAAAUCUUAUUGUUUAUGCCAUUUGAACAGCAGAAAAGAUCCAGGGGCCUGUUGCUUAAAUGAUGAAAUUAAAUUGUUGGUAUCUGUUACAACGGUUUGCAUACUUCAUUUAUUUUGUUUAAAUCCGUAAACGAAUAUUUAUAUUGCUGAAGGUUACUAAUUUUAUACAAAUUCCACAUUUGUUUGCCUUAUUAACAAUGUAAUACCACAUUAUAUAGAUAUAAAACUGCAGUAUUGACAACUGAACAUUAAUCGCAAGUCUCAGACAGUGGUGUUAACAAAUGUUAUGCUGGGGGGGUGGGAGGUACAGUACAAUGGUGAUUGCACUCCAAAAGUAAAUAAUUUAUUAUGAUUUCAUGUGGGACAUCCUCAGGAUGUGAUGAGUUGCUGACAAAAUUUCGACACUACUUUAUGUAAUCCUGGCCAAUAAAAAAGGUUUUAAUAUUUUA